AGGGCCCCUGGGAUUCCCGGUAACGUGGCGCUUUUUCACAACGCCACGCAGCCCCUAUUCUCAUGGCCGCUAGUGCCGCAAGCGCCGCAAGAGCCGCAACUCGUCGAAUUUGAAUUCGACUCCUCCUCCGCACCGCAUCGUGCCUGGUGCCUAUCGUUUCUUGAGCUCCUCGUCGCCAAACCUGUCGGCCGUCCGACCGGCCGCUACGACAGCCGUCGGAUCGCCACGUGCUAUGCCCGCUAGAGCAUUUCCUUGCGGAUCGUGCUUUCGCAUGCCGAGUAGCGAAUAGCAGCGAGCGCGUCACGGCGUGCGAGCAGGAGCGGAUCCCCGCGUGAUAAUGGCGGCGGUCGCCACGCGAGCAGCAGGGGAGGGCGUGGGGCAGCUGUCGGGCGGCAGGCGGUGGGUGCUAGUCACCGUCUCCGUGCUCGGCGCGCUGCUCACCGCCGGCAUCAUCUACGGCUAUUCCGGCAUCCUGCCCGCGCUGGUGCUCGACGUGGGCGCGUUCCGCGGUGCUUGUAACGAGGGGGAGGACGUGCCGUGCGCCGCUCAGAUGGACCUGCUCAACGCCGCGUACACGCUAAGCAUGGUGACCAACAGCGCGUGCCUGCUACCAGUAGGGGCAUUCCUCGACGCCUACGGCCCGCGCGCCACCACCAUCACCGGCUCGCUUGUGUUUGCCGCCGGCCUCCUCGCCCUCGCCAUGGGCGGCGCCUACUCGCACCCGCCCCCCGGACCGCCCUCCUCCCUCGCUCUCCGCCCCACCCAUCCCUUGCUUCCCUCGCUUCGCCCCAUCCUCCGCCUACCGCCCUCCUCACACCGCCCACUGGUAACCCCCUCGUGGCCACUCCAUCCGACCCCGCUUCACACCGACUCUGAGGCGCCACAACAGCGCUCUGUGCUGUUAGCGAACCUGUCUCAGCCAAUCAGAGGCCGCCAAGGGGCAUGGCAAGUAAUGGUUAAUGCAUCCACGCACUGGGGGAACGUGGAGCAGGGAGGGGGAGGCGUGGCAGGGGGCGCUGGAGGCGUGGCAGGGGGCGCUGGAGGCGUGGCAAGAGGAGGGGGAGCGGGAGGAGGAGUGGGAGUGGCAGGGGCGUGCUUCUUUGCCGCCUUCUUUCUCCUGGCGCUGGGAGGUCCCUUCAUCCUCACUCCCAUGAUCAAUUUCUCCGAGCUGCUGCCCUCAGCGUCAGCGGUGAUCAUUGCAGCGCAGAGCGGCGCAUUCGACGCGUCUGCCAUCGUCUUCUUCCUCUUCGGCCUCGCUGUCUCGCGCGCCCACCUCUCGCUCCCCGCUGUCUGCCUCGCUUACCUCGUGGUGCCACUUGCACUCGCUGCUGUCGCUGCAGCCUUCUUCCCCGAUGUCCCAUUUGGCGUCAUACCCACUCCUGAGCCGCGCACCACUCCUCCCUCUGCUUCCUCCUCCGCCUCACUCCAUCCCGGCCCCCUCACCCCCCUCGCCACGCCUCUCCUCCAAUCCACAGCCGAGGGGCAGUCAAGCGAGGGGCAGUCAGGCGAGGACAAGAGAGAGAGGGGGCAAGAAAGGCCAGCCGUGGACAAGAGAGGCGGGAGGAGCGAGGGUGCAGGCGGGGAGGGGGGGGCGAUGAGAGAAGGGAGGGAAGGGAUGACAGCGGGAGUGGGACGAGGGGAUGAGGAGGAGGGGUUGACUGGAUGGGUAGGAGGGGGAACGAGACGCAGCGGGGAGUUGGAGCGACUCUAUUUACUGCGCCUCUUGGCUGCUGCUGGCAGUGAUGGUGCCUCUGCUGGCAGUGAUGGUGCUGCCGCUGCUGCUGCAGCCAAUAGGCCAGGAGAAUUGGAAACUUCAGAUGACGCCAUUCCAGCAGGCGUGUCAUCGUGCCACGUGUCGCUGCCAUCAGUUGCGCCACAUGCAAGCAUGCCAUCCCCAUCCAGCCUACCCAUCGUGGUCCUCCAUGGCAGGAGCAGCAAGUGCCUGCCACCCCCGCCCGACGUCUACAACUCAGACGUCGCCACUCAGCUCAGAUCGCCCCUGUUCUGGGUGCACGUGGUGGUGUCGGCGUUCCUCGUGCUGCGCUCCAACCUCUACAUCGCUGCCGUCAACGACCAGAUCCAAUUCGCCGUGUGCGCCAAGGCCAUCCAGCCCCAAUCAGCCGCCUCGGCCGUGGAGCAGCGCCUCAUCGACGCCUUCAACUGCGUGCUCCCGCUGGGCGGCUGCCUCAGCGUGCCUCUGGCUGGCUGGACCAUCGACUCCCUCGGCCUGCCGCCCGCCUUUGCCGUCACUGCCGCCCUCUCGCUGCUCUCGUCACUGCUGCUGCUGCUCGCCCCACACAUUCCUCUGGACGCCAUGCUCCUGGGCUUCACGGCGUACAGCAUCGCCCGUGCCUUCAUCUACAGCAGCAUGGCGGCUCUCAUUGCGGCUCUCUUUGGCUUCCGCAACUUCGGGCGCCUCUACGGCAUCACCCGCUUCAUUGGGGCCUUCGCGGCUCUGCUGCAGUACCCCCUCAUGAGUUACGGUGAGGUGACAAUGGCGGGGGACUUCACAGUUAUCACAGCGGCCUUCAUAGCGUGUGAGCUUGCCAUAGCCAUGCUCUUCCCCCUCUACCUUACCCACACGCUCUUUGGCUUCUUCUGGCGCCCCAAACAGUGAUUCCAGGUGCCCUUGUGUAAGCAGGAGGCAAUGCCAUUGCAUGCUUCUCUGCUCGUGCUGCUACUGGAUCCAACUAGCCGUGUAUUCAUAAUCCACGUUGCAGCUAUGCUGGACGCCGCUUUGCA